UUCCUGAUGAAUAAUCUGCCUGUUAGCAGCAGAUAGAUUCUCAUUGUUUGCCACUUCCACUUUCCAGUAAUGAGAACGAUUACUUGACCAAUAUCUAGCCAGUUUCUGCCGAAGUUGUGGAAAAACCUACAGUUUGUCAUAGCAAAAUUUUUCAAAUCAAAACUUCUGUGGAGCUUUAGGACUGUGAGGCAUAACCAACCAGAGCUGAUGAUCACUUUAUUUCUAUAACUAGGUGACCGCUCUCCAACGACAAGAUGUAUUUCACUGUGCUGGUGAUUCUCUUACACUGUCCAAGUCUAAAAGCUCAAGACGAUGUUAUUACCAUCAACAAAGUUGAACUCACUGUGCCAUCCCAGAAAGUGAAGAAUGGAAUGUCAAUUGAACUCACCUGUAUUGUGGAUGUUAGCAAAAGCGCCAGCUUCCAGAUGCAGCACACGUUUUUAUUUUACAAGGAUGACAGUCUUCUGCAUAAUACCACGUCGGAGCAAAAUAGAACACGUUACAAAAUAUCACCAGCUCGAUUUGCAGAUUCGGGAAUCUAUAAGUGCAUUGUGGAGGCAAACAGGAAGACUAAAAGCAGCAAUGAUUUGGAGGUUCGAGUUGAGGGGCUGUGCCAGCCAAAACUGACUGCCCUGAAAAGAGAAGUAACAGAGGGUGAAGUUGUGACUUUACGGUGUGAAGUACCAGAAGAAAAGCCUCCCUUCAUUUUCUUGUUCAAUAAAAUAUCAUCAAAUCAACAGUCACAAGAGAAAAGGAAGCAAGAAUUAAAAGAAAACUUUGCAUCUGUUGAAUUUCCUGUUGAAGAGAGGGAUCGAAUAUUGCGUUUUCAAUGUAUUGCCCGGGUUAAUUCAGUAUUCGGUUCUGAAACGUCAGAGCCCAGUAACAUGACAAUUGUUACAGUUGUGGAACCGUUUUCACAUCCUAAACUGACAUCCAAGUCCCCAUGGAAUGUUACAGAAGGAGACAGAAUUGACAUUGUGUGCACAACGAUUCUAGCCCGUCCAUAUGAAAUUGAAAUCCUCAUCCAGAAAGACAGAAGGAUACUGAACAGUACACAAGGUCAGAAUUCUGUGACCUACUCUGCAAUAGCCACAGUGGAGCACAAUGGCAAUUACACAUGCAAAGUAGAACUGGGGAGAGUGUCCAAAACCACCAGCAUGAACAUUGUUGUGUCAGAGUUGUUUGCCAAGCCAAUAUUGACUCCCUCUUCGACUGACCUGGAUGAAAAUAAGAGCUUAAGCCUGUGGUGCCAUAUUAAUGGCUCCCCUAAAGCAAACUUCUCUAUUGUAAAGAGACCUCCGGAGAAUGGCAUCUUAUUGAAAACUUCCAGCAACAUCACUAUUCAAGCCCAGGUGAAUGACACCGGGUCCUAUGUUUGUAGGGCUGAGAUAAAAGGAAUCAUCAAGGAGAGUAACCCUGUACAGAUAACUGUUUACGCUCCAGUUUCAGAGCCAGUUCUUUCUGUUGCCAACUCAUCCAUGGAGAUGGUGUUAGGGGAGACCCUACUUCUACGCUGUCAAUCCAUGUUUGGAACUCCACCUAUAAACUAUACGCUCUUCAGAGGAAACAGACUUAUUGACACCAUCACAGUAUAUAAUAAUACAUAUGCUGAAUUCAGGGACAGACAAACUAAAUUAAAUAAUCUGAGAGAAUACAGAUGCGAAGCUAGCAACCGUCACUCCUAUGCGAACAAAAGUAGCUACAAGAUGAACAUCACGGUGAUAGCUCCUGUUAGGAACAUAAGCUUUGGAAGUUUACCCCAUGGGGAAGUGGAAGAUGGUGGAGAGAUCAACUUUCUUUGCGUUGUAGGCGAAGGAUCUUUGCCAAUCAACUUCACAAUUUUCAAACAAAACGAGCAGACACCUUUAUUUUAUGAAAGCAUAAUGGAAACCAGAGUCCUCUGGCAGAAGAAAUCAUUGAGCAAGCAGGACGCAGGGAAAUAUUUUUGCGAAGCCUCCAACGAGCCAGUAACUGAGCGAAGCAACUUGCUAACCGUUAAAGUUGUCCUUGCUUCAUGGCAGAAAGGGUUUAUCGCAUUAUUUGUCUUGGCUGUAAUUGCCAUAGGAGCUUCUGGUUUCUGGUGGUGCUGGCGUAAGAAGGAAAAGGGUAAACAUCCUUCCAUGGAGAUGUCUGGAUCCACAGCAGUCACUAAUUCGACUAGUGAGAAACUGCCAUCUGGACCAAACCAUUACACAGAAUUCUAUCCUGGAUCAGGUUACAUUGAAGAUCGUGAAAAUCCUGUAAAACCAACAGAUGAAAAUAAAGGACCUGACCAUGAGAGUGCUGAGGUGGAAUAUACUGAAGUUGAAGUGUCAACGCCUCAUCCUUACAAAGCUCCUGUAAAGAAGGGGACUGAUACAGUAUAUAGUGAAAUCAGAAAAGCUAAUAAUGAUUCUGGGGAAAACAGACACUCUAGAAUAGAAGGUUCUCCAGAUGCCACUUAAAAGAUUCAUCGGAAACAUCAACUGCUGGGAGA